CUUGCAAAGGUUCUCACGCUCAUGCCGACCUUUUCUUUCUCUUUCUUUCCUUGCUUCGAUCCUGCCAGGAAAAAGAAAGAAGAAUUUAUUUAGCAGCUGAGCAGCAGAUAUAAAAACCAUCAGUCCCACAAGUGAAAGAUUUUUGAGAGGUUGCAAUCCAGUUUCAGUCAUGAAGCUCUAUCUGUGUAGUAUUCUCAUUCUAUUGGUCAACUAUGGAAGCUGUGAUUCGGCCAUUCAUGUUGGCCAUAGGAUAAGCCUUGCAGUCCCAUCGGAAUACAGUGCUGGAUUCAUUGGGAGAGCUUUCCUGAUGGACGCUAACCAGCUGGAACCAAAUUUUAAAGUGGCAUUGAGUGCUGAAGCUAUCAAGGGGAAAUAUUCAUGCUCCUUGGAAGUUUUUCUAGGAGAUGUGAAGGUAUGGAAUUCUGGCCAUUACUCGCAGUUUUACAGCUCUGAUGUAUGCGUGCUUGAGCUUACUGAAGAUGGAGAUUUACAGCUGAAGGGUCCGAAAGAGCGAGUGGGAUGGCGAACCGGGACUUCUGGACAAGGUGUGGAGAGAUUACAAAUCCUGAGGACAGGUAAUCUAGUCCUUGUCGAUGUUUUGAACCAGAUAAAAUGGCAGAGUUUCAAUUUUCCAACGGAUGUAAUGCUCUGGGGACAGAGACUAGAUGUAGCUACUCGGUUGAGUUCAUUUCCCAGAAACUCAACUUCAUACUACACUUUCGAAAUCCUACACAACAAGAUUGCUCUCUACCUGAAUUCAGGUAAGUUGAAGUACUCUUACUGGGAAUUUAAGCCUUCCAAGAACAGAAAUAUCACAUUUGUUGAAUUGGGUUCUAAAGGGUUAGCGUUAUUCAAUGAUAAACAUAAAAAAAUCGCGCAGAUUGCAUCAUGGAGAAUUCAGCCCCUGAGGUUUUUAGCACUGGGAAAUAAGACAGGGAAUUUAGGACUCUAUUUUUACUCACCUAACACCGAAAAGUUUGAAGCCUCAUUUCAAGCCCUCAACUCCACCUGUGACCUUCCUCUAGCAUGUAAACCUUAUGGCAUAUGUACAUUCUCCAAUGCUUGUUCAUGCAUACGGCUUCUAACAAAGCAAAAUGGCAUGAGCUCUGAUUGCAAUGAGGGAACUCCAACAAAGUUCUGUGGGGGAGCUAAGGUAGAGAUGCUUGAAUUGAAUGGUGUCGGUAGCGUACUCAGAGAUGAUCCCAGAAGGGUUAAUGUUAGCAAGACAGCAUGUGCAAAUUUGUGCUUAGAUGACUGUAAAUGUGUUGCUGCAUUACAUUCCUCCGAAGACGGGGCCGAAAAAUCCCAAGAAUGCUUUCUUUACAGGCUGGUUGCAGGCACUAAACAGGUCGAAAGAGGGACGGGGUUGAGUUACAUGGUUAAGGUUCCAAAAGGAAUCCAUGACAGUCAUAGCAAACCUAGUGUGAAAAAAUGGGUCUUAAUUGUCGUGGGAGUGGUGGAUGGUUUAAUUAUCGUACUGGUUCUGGGAGGGCUUGCCUACUAUUUGAUUCAAAAAAGAAGAAAGAACUCAUCAGGCACUGAAAAUAAUACUUGACAGCAUGUGAUUUUUAAAAAAUUUUCAUUGACAAUUCCAAAGCACAAUGUAAUUCUUUUCUAUUAACAGAGACAAGAAAACACAAA